UAAUUUGGUAUCUCGUUUUUUUCCGCUAACUUAAAAAUAUAAAGCGCAAAAUUUUACAAGCAAUUUUCCCGCCAAAACCAGAGAACCGCAACUACGCACGAAACGCGUUUCCAGAAUAUUCUCCGUCACUCCUCCGCCACCGGACGCCGUCGGAAUGUCGAAGAAAAGGGGUCUUUCAUUGGAAGAGAAGCGUGAGAAGAUGCUUGAAAUCUUCUAUGAGUCUCAAGACUUCUUCCUGCUUAAGGAGCUGGAGAAGAUGGGUCCUAAGAAAGGUGUUAUCACUCAGUCUGUGAAAGAUGUUGUUCAAAGUUUAGUGGAUGAUGAUCUUGUUUCCAAAGAUAAGAUAGGAACUUCUGUAUAUUUCUGGAGUCUUCCUAGCUGUGCUGGAAAUCAGCUUAGGAAUGUGCGUAACAAACUCGACUCUGAUCUACAAAGCAGUAAGAAGCGGCAUGCUGAACUUGUUGACCAAUGCGAGGCACUAAAGAAGGGGCGAGAGGAAUCCGAUGAACGAGCGGAGGCCCUAGCAGAUCUCAAAGCCAUUGAGCUGAAGCAUAAUGAGUUGAAGGAUGAGUUGGCACAGUACAGAGAUAAUGAUCCAGCUGCUUUUGAAGCAAUGAAGGAAGCAAUUGAAGUUGCUCAUGCAUCAGCCAACAGAUGGACAGAUAACAUUUUCACCCUGAGACAAUGGUGUUCAAACAACUUCCCACAGGCUAAAGAGCAACUUGAAAACAUGUACAGGGAGGUUGGUAUAACAGACGAUUUUGACUAUUUGGAGUUAGCUCCUCUUCCACUCAAAGAAGUUGCUGAUUAAUUACAUAGCCUAUCGAAAUGUGUAGUUGUGCACUGCUGACUCCAGUGUUUCUCUCGAACACCGACAAUUAGAAUAAAAUUUGAUCAAGUAUGCCAAUGACAUCCUCAUUUAUAGGGAAAUGGUUUGUUAUUUUCUUCUUUCUUGUUGUCUUGAAACAAUGACAUCUCCAGAGACUUUUUGUUUCGAGAUGCAACAUACGUAAUUUGCUUUCAUCUUUUUCUGCCUCUAUUUUGUUUUCCCAACUUGACUGAGGUUGGUAUUUCUCACUUUAAGGAGGAUUUGCAGUGUGAUUUA